CAGCGACUGCUUGUUUGAUUCCCGUUGAGCUCUGCUUCCAUCUGGUAAGUGCGCGCUCUCUGUCUGUCUCUUUACACCCCUCGCAGCCCCGGCCAUGCAUAUCCCACGACACACAUCGGUGCACUGCGCAUUCCCCUCUCACCACCGUCAUUGCACUGCAGCUGUCCUGCGCAACUUACGUGUCCCUGAGCUUGAGCUUGCUGUCACUGCACUGCACUCGUCUGUGUCUGUGCGUGAUGGUUCUGUACCUCUUUCCGGCCUUGCUGUGUUCACUUCCAUCUUUACACCCACGCCAAACUCUCCUGCCCCAGGGGUGCGAGCUUGCAAGUGCUGCUCUUGCCUCCCAUGGACAAAUGCCACUCACUUGCUUCGAGGCGGCACGUUGCUAGGCAUGUCGCAGAGUCCGUGGCCGUCCGUGUGUUGCGCCGCAGGACCCUGUCGUGGCACGGCAGGGAGCGCCCUUACUCGUCAUCGGUCGCCACGCCUCUUGUUUUACCUCCCAACGACUCCCCACCUGCCCAUUGCGACCCACCGCCGCUGCACCACGACCGACACUGCCGCACGGCAGCCGUUCCCUGGCGUCCCUGGACAAUUUCAGUGAGAUAUGCCAUGCGGUUCUUACAUUGAGAGCGCAUGCUUGGCGUCACUUCUGACGUUGCCUUGAGCACCGUCGCUGCAGUCGAUCCCUGGGCGGGCUAUGAAGGUUCGCAAGUGACAGUUGCGACACCCUGGCCCGCUUCUGCUUUUGGGCACGGAAGACCCCGGCAGCUUGAACAAGCGUGUUCAUUUCUUUCCAUUC